GUCGCAGUACCACAAUCAAACUUCACAUAAAAUAAGGUCAUAGUAUCAACAAGUGCUUUAGGAUCCAAAUAACAAGAUACCGAUACUCUGGUGAUAAUAGUAAUUUAGAAACAUGGUCCAAGCUUGGUACAUGGAUAAUGCAGGAAGCAAUGAGAAGGCAGAGAACCACAAAAAUCCUCCAGAAUUUGUGAGCCUGCAAGAAUUAUUUAAGAAAACAGGAGUGGAAUAUUACAAAUUAAACCUUGCCUCUCUAGACUCUGACGGCAUCCUGGAAAAACUGAAAACCCAAAGAGGCUACACCUAUGAAGACCAAGUAACAAUUAGACCGACUCCAGACAAGUUAGAAGAAUUUGAGAAAAAACUAAAAAUAUUUUACACUGAACAUUUGCAUACAGACGAAGAAAUUCGCCUUUGUGUCGAGGGGGCUGGUUAUUUUGAUGUCAGAGACAAAGGAGAUGAUUGGAUUAGAGUACGAGUGGAUCCUGGAGAUUUGCUAAUUAUACCCGCCGGUAUUUAUCAUCGAUUUACUGUUGAUGACAACAAAUAUAUUGUUGCUAAAAGAUUCUUUGUCGGUGAACCAGUAUGGACACCUCAUAACCGACCCGCAGAUGAAAUAGAGGCCCGGAAAGAUUACAUUGAUAAGCUGCAAAAUGGAAAAUUUGUCAUAGCUAAUUAAGACAUUUUAAUUUUUAAUUAUUGUUGUAUCGAAUGUAAUGAUGUUAUGUAUAUA